UAUAGUUUUUGGAAAACAAAAACCCAGUGAACUCCAGACUGUUCACAUGAUUAUCCAAAAGAAAUCUGCCCUAUUGUAAACAUACUGUUCUGUGCUGCCAGUAGAUGGGGACAGCCAGAGUCCCAGUCCGGCAUCAAAGAGUUCUGGGAAGUCUUGGCCCACCCUUAAUAGUCCGUUAGAGGCUUCCCAUUGGUCUGGUAGUAAGUGAGGUGUCAUAUGUCCCACGGAGCUGUGAACGCAGCCUACUUCUCCAGAGGGAUAGUGGAGUUUUCUUAAGGGAUAGUAAUCAAUGAGGUGCAACUCAACUACCGUGUUAACUUAUGGUUUAGUGUCACACUAGAGGAUAUUAUGUAGCAGAAAGUUUCAGGAGCAGUUUUCAGUUGUGACAGGUUUGUAGGUUUCAGGGUGGUAACGGUAUUCGCAGCUUUGUUUUUGGCACCAGAAGUCACCAAAAACACGAUGUCGCAGUUUGAACAGAAAGAAAACGCGGAGCAGUCAGUGCUCACCUCGGAACAGCAACGAAACGGAACCUUGGUGAACCCGAGAGCGGUUUGUAACGUGUGUAAACGUUUGUACCGAGACCCGAAAAUCCUCCCCUGUCUGCACACCUUCUGCUCCGACUGCAUCGGCCAGCUGGAGCCGUUCUCGGUGUCUUCGCGCUGCAGUCGGGACGGACUGGAAGACAGCCGGGGCGAAGCGGUGGAAGAGGACCGAACAGCCGUCACUGUCACGGUGCUCUGUCCCGACUGUGACUCCGAGGUUGACAUCCCUCCUUCGGGACCGGAAGGGCUGAGCACCGACCACCUGGCGCUGGACGAAGUAUUCCUGGAGACCCUGGUGACGGACGGCCCUCUGGGAUGUGACCUGUGCGGCGAAGGAGGCGCCGAGAGCCGCUGCGAGGUCUGCUCCGUCAACCUGUGCGAGUUCUGCUGCCAGGCGCACAGGCGGCAGAAGCGAACAGCGUCUCACUCUGUUCAGUGUCUGGUGGAACUGAAGUCUCGUGGUCGCCUUAGCCGCCCCGUCCUCUGCUCCCUCCACCCGAGCCAGGAGCUCCGGCUCUUCUGUCAGCCCUGCGACCUGCCCGUCUGCCUGGAAUGUGCCGCCAUGCUGCACCGCGACCACCGCUGCUGCCCCACUCGUGACGUUAUCCAUCGCCAUGGAGACCGCAUCCGAGAACUGGUCACAGGGCACCUGCGACCUCGCCUUGAGCGUCUGAAGGAUUCGCUGCAGAAGGUGGAAGAUUGCCAGGAGGCUUUGCAGGCACGGGUGGAUGAAACAGCGAAUGAGGUGAGGGCAUUUGCACGAAGCUACGCCAGCGCUGUGGAAGCCCACUGCCUGUCUCUGCUGCAUCGCCUGGAGGAGCUCCGUGUCCAACGCAGGAACCAGCUCCACCUGCAGAGGGCGCAGCUGCAGCAGGCUCUGUUGGACAUCCAAAACAGCGUUGAGUUUGCAGAGAGGCUACUGACCUGCGGCUCAGAUGCUGAGAUCCUCAGCGCCAAAGGUGUGACCCUCAGGAGACUGACCAGUCUGGCAGAGAGCAGCUUUGACCCACCCCCAGCUACUGUCGCCCCUGACGACGGCAGCAGCAUCAGCUUCAUGCCCAGGGAGCCAGCAGGGGAGGUGGAGGGCUACCCGGUGGUCGGAGUAAUCAACUCUAAGACAGUGGACCUCAGCAAGUGCACCAUUGUAGGAGAAGGUCUGCAGAGGGGCAUGGAGGGCCAGCAGGCUCACUUCACCCUGGUGUGCAGAGACACAUCUGGGCAACAGAUGGCACAUGGUGGAGAGCAUGUCUUGGUCAGCAUCGUUCACAAGGAGAAGAAAAGCUGCGCAGUGGAGGCGACAGUGACUGACAACAGUGACGGAUCCUACAGCGUUUCAUACGCGCCUAAAGAGCCAGGAGUCUACUCAGUGUGGGUUUGUGUCAAAGCCCAACAUGUCAAGGGCUCUCCAUUUACUCUGAAGGUGAAGAGGAAGUUUAGGCGUCACAGUGGGACAUUUCACUGCUGCUCCUUCUGCUCCAGUGGAGGAGCCAAAGAAGCUCGCUGUGGCUGCCCGGGAACCAUGCCAGGUGGAUUUAAAGGUUGUGGUCACGGUCAUAAAGGACACCCUGGGAAGCCCCACUGGUCUUGUUGUGGCAGCACCGUAGAGCAGUCCGAGUGUUUGCCGCAGAGUGUGUUGGCUGCAGUUUCCCCCCACGGUCACCUGCGAACUGUCGAGCUCUGAGGUGACACAGAGACAACACCUGUCAACAUGAUGCAACUCUGCCUAGGAAACACAAUGCUCCAGUCACAGCAGCACGAGUGUCCUCCUCCAUCAAAUGUUCAAAGCUUUGCUGAAGGGAACUUUACAGAAGAGACAGUUCUGCUUUUUCAUCUUUUCAGCUAUCUUCCGGUCUCAACCUUGAAGCUGCUGUCGAAUCUCAAAGGUGCUGAAAACAGUUUCGUAUCAUAAAAUGUAAAACUCAGCAAAAUAGAAACAUCUGGAAUCAGACUGUGAACCUUCAAUGUUUUUAUAUCUUUUACAUCCUUCAGUCAAGGGAAAUAUUUUAUGAAACAUAGUGCCUCAAAAACAAUCCUGAUGCUGAAAAUGAUAUGAGCAGUAGUCCUCAUUAAUCUGCACUGUUUUUUUUUUUUUUGAGUACACAGAAUUCUAUAGUUAGCAUUUAGAUUCCCAUGAAUGACGAUUUCAUUUUAAAUGGUGAAGUACAGUAAUUAUAAGUAAUUAUUCUCUCUUUAGUGGUACAAAACAUAUCAAUAAAUCACAUUAAAAGGAACCUCAACAGAGUAUUUGUUUUUGAGAAAUAACCCGAAGUACGUAAAAGAGUGUAUCAAGAAAUACAUUUACUGCGUUAUUUCACGAUACACACUGCAGUUUAUUUGUUUGUACGCAUACUUAGUUAGCUGUGGGCACAGACUUGGUCAGCUGUUGGUUGAUGGGCAUAUAUUCCCAAUAAAUACCAAGUAAUUGAUAUUUAUAUUAUUAUUACAUGCUCAUUUCAGAUACUUACUUUUUUGAACAAUAAUCACGUAUUAGUAUUAGUAACAGGUGCUUAUGUAGAAAUUACUUUUGUAAUGAAUAAUUAUGUUUACAGCAUCUAAUAUAAAAUUGUUUCAUGGUACUAACUACACUUAGGUGUAGUACAUUUGGUUAAAAAUAAAUAACAACCAAUACCUGGUGGAUAUAAGCAAAGAUUAGAUUCCAUUGGUGAGUUGAUGCUUUUAUUUUGGCGACACACACUGUUUGUGAAGACUAAAUGUGUAUUACUUCCUGCAAUACACUGUGCCUGUAAAUUCACUCUUGGUUAGUCUGACACUGAUGUCAGUCCUGGGUGCUUGAUAUUAUUUUGAAUGAUGAGGAAGUUGUGCACUGAAUCAGGAUUUUCCUUCAUUAGCGGUGCCUUCUCAGACAGGGUGGCUUUAUCAGGGAAACACUGUGACCGAGAAGGUGCGGUCAGCCUCCUCUCACAAUACAGAGUUGUUCCCUUCCAGAUGCUGCGUCACAUUAUUGAUUUCAAACCACAAACGGGGAAGUCAUAAUGUGGCAUUUAAUUCCUUCAUUUUCUGGACUCUGAAUAUAACAUAUAUUUAGUGUAAGUACCAGUAUAUUUAUAUAUAUAUAUAUGUUGUUAUUUUGCACUGACAAUCUGCUGAGUAUUAAGAUGAAUAGAAAAACAGACUUAUGGAAAUACAUGACAUGAGGAUUAUCUUUUUUGUUUUGUUAUCCAAAAAUGACAGGGAACUUCUGCAACGCUGUACGUUGUUGCUGUUUGCAGUGUGUACAUUCAUAUAAGUGUUACCCAAUACUUUUUUGUGCUUCACAAUGUUUUACUGAAACCUUUAAGCCUGUACAAUCACAAUAAACAGGCUUAUUUCUCAAUGCAA